CGAGCAAGGAAGCAACUGCAAUGGCGGCGGCCACGACGACCAUCUGUUUCCAUUCGUUUCGUGCAAGUAAGCGAGCACCUCUGCCCUCGGUAUUCAGAACUAGUCACAACGGAUGCGGCUAAGUGCAAACGCUUCCUCAGCUACACCCACGAGCUCUCGCACGCCAGACUCAAGAUGACAAUCCGUGACUGCGUGAGAAUUCGACCAAUGUUAAACGCCGUGAGGUUCUACAACGGUGCGUUUCGCCGCGCGUCCUCUUCGAAUACCGCGUCGUCGCCGGCCCUGGACAGCGCGUUCUCGCGUCCCAAGCUCCAGUCCUGUCUGGAGAGCAUCAAGAAGCUCAAGCUCGGCACCGUUCAGCCGGCGAGGCCCGAUGCCGAGGUCCGUCGCUCUUCGAUCCUCAUCCCCUUAUGCACAAGCAACGGUGGCAAGCCGUCCCUACUGUUCACGCUGCGCUCGAACCGACUGCCUCGCCACAAAGGUUACGUUUGCUUCCCUGGUGGCAUGGAGCACGCCGAAGACAUUGACCCCGUCGACACUGCAUUGAGGGAGACGGAGGAGGAACUGGGCGUCAGCAGAAGCAAGCUGGAGGUGAUCGGCACGUUCCCCACCUUCUACAAUCCGCGCGACAAGCUGUCCAUGACCGUGGUCUUGGGGAUGCUCGGCGACGCCGGUCGGGACGUCGACCUGCAAGCGGAUCUGAACGUGAACGACGCUGAAGUUCAGCUGGCCUUCGUGCGGACGCUAGAAGAGUUGUGCGACCCGGCGAAUCUUCGCUACACGCAGUUCAAAGGUCGGCACGGCGGCGACUUUGCCAUGCCGGUGUUUCUGACGGGCCAGUUCAAGGUGUGGGGACUCACGGCGAUGGUGUUGAACGCUUUUCUCAAGACGCUGCUGCCGGACGCUUACCACCACGAAGUGAGGUGCGUGGUGCUCAAGAGAAGUUUGUACCUCAAGAUUAGCGCGUUGUAGGUCGAUCGACCAAGACGUUGGCUUAUCGUAGAAUGUUUUCAGUGUACGCAGAGAGGUGGUUGUGCAGUUUUUGUGGUAAUGUGACGUUUAGUUACGUUUGUUGUCAGUCAGUUAAAGGACACCGGUGACAAAGGCUACGUUUGAUGUGCACGUUGAAGUUUGAUGUGUGUUCUUUGUUCGUCUGUCCAAUAAACGCUCUUACU